UCAGUAUUGAAAAUCUAUAGAAUACGUUACGUAAACUAUAUGUUUUCAAUACUGGCAGUGAAUUUACGAACACAGCCAUAUUAACCAAUAAGUGGCUAGACGUGUCUACAGUCAAAAAAGUUAUAUUACAUAUUUCAUAAAAUUUGCUAAAAUGGUUGGUUGUUGUGCGCUAAACUGCAACAAUUCUUCAAAAAAAGGAUAUAUUAUGAAAGUUUUCCCCCGUGAUACUGAACAAAGAGCAAAAUGGGUAGCAAAUGUAGGACGACAGUAUUGGAAACCAACAAAUGCUUCAUGUCUUUGCGAGGUUCAUUUUGAGCCAACAAUGUGGGAAAAAAGAAAGGAUGACCUUAAAAAACUAAAAUGUGAUGCAGUGCCAACAAUUUUUGGAUCUUACUUAAAAAAACAGGAUAAUGAAAAGAAUAAAAGCAAUAUAAGUGACUUAAAUCAAGAAUCUAGGACUGAUUAUAUACAAAUUAAUAAUUUACAACCUGAUUCUGAGAUAAUUAAGAAAUUAGAAAUUAAUUCUGGCUGUGAUAGCAUUAAUAUAGCUGUCAUAGAAAGAAACACUGAUCAGUCAUUUGAAAUGCAAUCAAUUACCGAAAAUAUCCCAUCGACAAGUUAUAGCCAGCAAAAAUCAAUAGAAAAGGAUGAAACUACAGUAUUACAAAAAUGUGAAAAAAUUUUAUUGAACAAACAAGCAGCAGAAAUCAUGAUGUUAAGAAAGAAAUUGGAAAAGAUAAAAGAUGCUCUUAGAAAAGUAAAAAAAAGAAGUGACAAAAAUUUAUAUAAAAUUCAAUUAAAACGAAUCUUUACAGAUGAUCAAAUUCAUGCUUUACUAACAAAUUCUAAGAGAGGUCGACAAUGGUCUAACGAUACAAUUAUAAAAGCAUUACGACUAAAAUUUGCUUGUGGUGAACGUGGUUAUAAAGAACUAAUAAAACAAAAUAUGCCUUUACCAAAUAUUCGAACGCUUCAAAUGAAAUUACAAGGAGUUUAGAGUUUUCAAGUAAAAUAAUCAGAC